GAGCACGACACUCCCAAAAUAGCGCAUGACGCCACGUUGUAGCGUAUUCUUAGGCAAAUAUUGUAUACUCAUGAAUAUUCAUAUUUUCCCGAGAGCACAUGUUGGUUACUCGUAGCAACACAACACACAGAUCGCUUCCGUAUUGACGGAGCUUGUGUUGUGGUGUUUUGUGUAGUGAAAGAACUCGAUCAUAAGGAAUUUGCUGGAUGUUUCUCCUUAAUAUUUGCCUUUUCUGCCAAUCCAGGGACUUUUAGGGAACAACUGAGCAAUUUUCCAGAUCAACUUCACCCCUCUCCUUCGUCAUCCAUCCGUCCACUAUCUAGCCACCAUGGGUAGGUUGCCUGUCGGUCAGCCUACUGCCCACGUCUCCGCCACCCAGGGGCCGGACGCUGACAUCAUGAAGUUCUAUUCCACUUCGUACGCCACCUCCUACGGGGCCAAGCACGAGCCGUUCGUGCCUCGGACGACGAGGCAUGUCGGGACUGGAUAUCAGUCUAACUUCAGGCCGGGAGUCUACUACAGUCAACGUCUUGAUGAGGUCGAUAACCCUGCUAUGGGGAGACUCGUUGGUGACAACUAUCACUCCAUCACAACAAAGCAUUUUCAGCCGUCGAUACGAUCAGACGGUAAGGAUCGAUUCCCUGAGAAUUUAAACCAAGUGAAGAGUGGUUUCACCCAACAGGAUCCCAUCACAUACCCAACAGUUGGACAAGUUAAGAAAGUAUUUGUCAACACACGGGACCACGGACUUGCCCUCAAGAUAAAUGGUGUUUUACCCAAACACCGCCCUCUCCUGUACAAGCUUCAAGCGAAGGAUCCGGUCUCCCUGGAGAACGCAGGACACGGGCCAAACUUCAUGAGUACAGAGGGUAGGACCAGAUUCACUGGAAGACCCUCAGAAAGAAAGGAUUGUUCAACUCUGACCGUGGGUCCGAAGGAAGGGUCUGGCUACACUCAUGCUUACAAUGUAGAACCAGUCUCAUUCAAUCCUGGCUCACCAUUCAAAAAUGACAUACCUGGAACCUGGACUGGCAGACCAACGGGAACUAGCGUCAUGAAGACAAGCUUCCUACCAUCACAACGACCAGCGGGAGAUGAAAGACUACCCAUCAUCACGAACCGUUCAGAUCACGAGACCGGCUUCACCCACGAGAAGGCUAAACCCCUGUACGUCAAUCGCGUCAUGACGGACGCCUACACGAAAUGGGACCAGGUUCCGAGCCGGGUCGAGGACCGCAUCAAAAAGGAGGAUCCAGCAGAGUACCUCAACAUGACCAACCCAGACAACCACUCCAGCAUCUUCAAGAAGUCGUUCGAGGGCCAGCAGAGACCGUCGCCGAGUGCCAACGAGAAGCAGGGCAGGUUCUUUGUCGGUAACAAGGAGAUGUCCGGAUACAGCGACAACAACGACAAACCGCAAGUACAGAUCCCCAUUGAGCCAUACAGAUGGAUAACCCACUAUGAUACCAAGUUCUAUGACAUGAACCCCAAAGGCAAGGCCCGAGCCGGUAGGACCUUUGGCGGCGUGAUGAAACAGCUUCCGGACGGGUUCACCAAGAGUACCUCAGUCCACUCCUACGGCCCCGCCCUGGACACCACCCAACAGCUGAGAGACCUCCACCCAUAUGUUGCAAGGAGCAUCAAGGCCCGAGACGUCUUCUUCGAUGACCACACCCACGAUGCCAAGAAACAUGUGACCAUCAACCCAAUCCCACAAGUCCUUGCGGCUUCCUGUUAACUUCUGCCAUCGUCAGUUGACAUGUCCCAUGAUAUAAAUAUUUGACCCCCCCUUAAAGAUUUACAUAUUUGACCCCCCCCCCUUUAAUAGAUAUAUUUAAAAAAAAUUCUUCUUUGAAUACAUUAAGAUUUGAAAAAUGUGAAUAAAAAUAUGUUAUCAUAUGCCCCUAUUUCAGAUAGCUUUUUAACACAUACCUAUAGGCCUGUAUUCUCAAAAGAGGUUUCAAUCGUACCACGGCACACAACCAUGGACUAUACAGAUUUCUUGUACUUGAUUACAAUUAUUUAAUCAGGUCCGCUGAGAAAAAUUCAAUAAUAUGAGCACUUUUUGCAAAGGGCGCUAAAGAGAAGCUCGAUAAUAUGAGAAAUCUGCAUAAACCAUGGUUUUGUACCACGGUACAAUUGAAACCUCUUUUGAGAAUGUGGGCCUUGAAGUCAGAACUGCUUUGACAGUGUAUUUCUGCAGGAGUCCCACUUAGCCUCUUUCCUUUUGUAAUUCUCCCACUGUUCUAUGUAUGCUAUAAUGGAAGGAUUAGAAAGAUAAAUAAGCUGAGCACGACUCCUGUUGGAAAACACAACCAACACAGAAUCUGACUUUUAUUAAGGUACCUUAAGAAUUAUAUAACAUUAAAGGUAAAUUAAAACACUAAGUGCAACAUAAAAGAAAGCAUAAAUAUUCUGAAGAAAUUUGUAUUGUAUUUUUAUUUUGUCAUUUGGUUAAAGAGAUUUUUUGGAUGUCUUAUCUGGGUGAUAUUUAUAAAAUGCAACUAAAUAAAUUCAAAUAAAAAAAAAAAUCUAUUUUUUUUCAGUUUGAAAAGGCUAGAAUAGACAUGCUUUAAGAUCAAACUGUGAACAUAACUUCACCGUAAAAAGACACAUUGAGAUCAAAUUUAAGAAUAUUUUGUGUACGCAACACUAAUUUCUGGAGUUUUAAUUGAUUGAAUAUGAAAAUUAAGUCGAGAUACAUAUUCCUUGCCAGAAAAUAUAUUUUUUGCAUUUAAUAGUUAUCAUUUUCAUUUGGACAGGUAUUUGAAUGAUCGUGCAUGCAUUUAGACACCAUAUGAAUGGUGUUUGCAUAUAAUUUUAAUGGUAUUUAAAUAUCUGAAUGGUAGUUAAAUCAUAUGUAUUUUUAUCCAUUUGUAAAUUAUCAAAUGUAUUUUGUUAAUUUCUGAUACCUAUAGCUUUUCAUUCAGAGGGCAUUUUUUUUGUUUACAAUAUAUGAAGUUUAUGUUAUGUUUAUUUUUUGCUGCAAGAUAGCUCUAUAUGUAAGCUGUUCAGUUGAAUUUUGCAUAUAACUGAAUUAUUCUGUGAAAGAAGUGAUAGUUGUAAUGGUGCCAAAAUUUUUGAUGAUUAAUUUCAUUUGGCAUUAAGCUUUUAAAUUUUUAUGUUGGGGUUUGAUAUUUGAUAUUGUGGGUGUUUUCUUUUUACCUCCAAAUAAUAAUUGGGAAUUGAUUUUCAAUUGGAAUGUGUGCUGGUUGAGGAAUAGUGGAGUCGGAAAACUGAUUAUGUGCUGAUGUGCUUUGAAAUAUUCUGGUAAUCUCAAAUCAUUAAUCAGUUUCAUUAUGGAAUGCUAUGCAAUUUCAAAAUGUAGAUAUCUAAAUUUUUUUUUUACUGAAUUCUGUAAUAUGGAGCGUUGUAGCCCAGUGGAUUUGUCUCCGGACUUUGAAACAGAAAGUCGUGGGUUCAAAUCCCAGCCAUUGCAUAGUUUCCUUCAGCAAGAAAUUCAUGCACAUUGUGCUGCACUCAACCCAGGUGAGGUGAAUGGGUACCUGGCAGGAAUUUAUUCCUUGAAAUGCACCGAGUGCAGGAAGGCUGCUUGAGCUACAGCUGAGGUAAUGAUAUCCAAGUCCUUUGGAAGCGCAUAGAGACAUUAUUCAUAAAUGUGAUAUGCGCUAUACAAGAACUGUCUAUUAUUAUUAUUGUUAAUAGUACAACUAUCGAUAGCAAUAAUGUCAAGAAUAUAAGAAAUCAAUGACAUUUUUCCUUGUAGAUAUUUUAAUGUAUGGACACAAAUCUUUUUUUUAUUGGAAUGGAAAAUGGCACUUUUACAACUACAAUCCUACUUAUUGCAGGCAAUAAGACUCAUAUUAUGUUCAGCUCAAUGUAUCUAUUGUUAUUUAGAUGUUUCUAAAUUUACUUUGUAAAUAGUCUUUAUUUUGAGCAAUAAUGUAUUCAGCAAUCAUACUCUUUCAAUGCUGUAGUAGAAUGCUACUUGAAUUUUGGAAAUGAUUAUGCAUGCAUUUACCAAUCAUGUAAAGUUAUUCUAGUGUCCCUUUACACAAAAUGUUUGGUGAAUAUGACUCUUUAAAAAUCAAUUGUAACUUGACUUUCAGCCAAUUGAAAUCAUGCAGUGGGAACUUAUGUUUGAUUUUUUGAGUUAUGAUUAAAUCUACUGUUUUGUGCAAAGGGCCCCUGGUGGAAAGCUAAUAUUCUACCUUGUAUUUGCACGAAUGAAAUACUUUAAUACGUCUUCAUCAUCUAUUUUUCUAUCAUGUUCAUAUUAUAUGCCAUGAAAUAUUGUCAUUGAUGGCAAUGUGAUUAUUUAAAGUGUGCCAGCUUGCUGUAAUUUUUUGUAAUGCAGAAAUAAUGAAUAAUAAAAUUGUUUGGAUGAAAUGUAAAAGAA